AUGCAGACGACGACAGCCCCCCGAGUGCCUCCCGUCCAGACGGGGUCGGCGAUGCUGCGUAACCUGGUGCGAAGUCUACGAAGUCGUGCACGAUCUGCUGAUUCGAAAACUCCCACGAAAACCGUUCGGGACACAGAUGAGCCACCCAUUCUCGACACUAUCCAACGAAUGGUUGACAAAUGCAUGGCAGAACAGAAUGACGAGCAAGAACCGUCGUGCAGUGAUGAUACGUGCUGUGUAUGCAUGUCCCGUGUGGCCACUGUUCAUGCCUAUCCAUGUGGGCAUAAGAUCAGCUGUAGGCUAUGUGCAACCAUGAUGCUCAAGCCAGAGGCUCCAUUCAUGUUACAUUAUGCCCAGCAACGUGAACGGGGUUAUUGCCGAUCCGCAAACAGUUCUCCAAGCCCUAAUUCAUCUCUAACCACCUGA